CAUAAUGGUGAGCAACUUGCCUGCGUUGGUGGUUAUUGGACAAUUUUGAACGUUUUUUCCUAAUAAUAUACCUAAUAAGCAGUUUUUAAUCUCCAAGAACGAUUUAUGAAAUCCUUAAAACAUACACUGGAUGCUGUCUAAAGAACGUAUGAGGAAUUAGCUGCGUAGUGUUUAAAAAUUUCAUUGACUUGAUGAAGUAUUAUAAUUUAGCAAUAGACUAUCAACGAACAGUUGUGCCCAGAUGAAGGUGAUCCAGCACUCUGUGGAGACUCUGAAAAUAGCCUUGAUCUCUAACCGUCAGGACCUGACAAAAAAUUAUGACAAGUACACUGAACAGGAACGCCAUCUUCUGGAGGAAGGAUUCCACCCAGGGCAGCCGGGAUCACUUUUCCAGCCCAUUACUGUGCACUCUGACUCCGACUGGAUCCCUGCUCACCCUGAGGAGCCUCAAGACUUUGAGAGCUUCUACAGGGACCCUUACCGCAAGACACCUGAUGCGAGCCGCAACACUAUUUAUAUUCAAACCAUAGGUUCCUUUGGGGAGGAAGGGGCUCAGACAGAUCAGUAUGUGGAGUGGCUCAGAGAAUACUGCCAGGCCUUCUUCUAUGGGCUUUCUGUCAAGCUGCUGCCGGCAGUUACUGUGGCUGAAACAAGAUGUUCUUUCAGGGUUAACAGUAACUCGUACAACCUUCAGAUCCUCACUGGUGACCUUCUAAAAUUCCUGGAGAAAAGGAAGCCAAAGGAUGCUUUUUGUAUCGUUGGAUUAACAAUGAUAGACCUCUACCCCAAAGACUCCUGGAACUUUGUCUUUGGACAGGCCUCUCUCAGUAUGGGUAUGGGGGUUUUCAGUUUUGCCAGGUAUGAUGACAACUUCUACAGCAGGAAUUACGCUGGACGGCUGCAAAAACGUCUUCGGCCAAAACCAGGGGACUACUCUGUGUUUGAUGGAUAUUACACUCCCCCCAUCAGCAGCACUCUGCUACUUCGAUCCUGCAAGACCAUGACCCAUGAAAUCGGCCACAUGUUUGGAAUAAAGCAUUGCCAGUGGUUGAACUGUGUCAUGCAGGGCUCCAACCACCUGGAGGAGUCUGAUCGGAGGCCCCUGGAUUUCUGUCCAGUCUGUCUUCGUAAGAUACAAGUGGCAAUUGGUUUCAGGAUAGCUGAAAGAUACCAGGCCUUACUGCACUGGAUAGAGGAGGAUCAGAGUAAAGCAUCCGCUCAGGCAAAGUUCCAGCUUUCUAAACCAACUGAAGCUUUCAACACAUCCCGACUGUGGCUCCGCAGGUGCAUCGACAUACUGGGAAACACAUGACCAGUUAUAAUGAGCUGUAACUCUGGAUAAGAAGGGAAAACACUGCAGCAGACACAAAAAAUCAAACAAAAAAAGAAGCCUAAGCUUGUUUUAGGACUAUUUACUGUUGUUUUAGGGGAAUCAUCUAUCUAGUUUAAAGAUAAAUCUGGCCUUACUGAGGAAUUUUCAUAUUUAAGACAACUUUUAUGUGUUUAAAGCUCCUUUGAUGAGUUUUAGCAGGUGGACUAAAAGUUACAUGGAUGCCUCCGAGUGCCUUAAACAAGCUUUUAAGACCAAAAUUGACGGUAUUAAAAUUUUCUUUGAGUACAUAUCAGUGCCUUAACUCACUGAUAAUGUUAACAAUUUCUAAAAAACAAAAAAUUCUAUCUAGAAAUGAUGACACUGGAUUGCUUUUGUAAGUCAUAAAGAGGCAUCAGUGUUAAUUUCAGUCUGUUUCUAUCUCCUCACAGGAGCUUUAAAUCUCAUUUUUAUGUCAGGGUAAGGUGGUAAGUUGCAUUUUAGGGUUCUCUGUAUGUUGUUAAACCUUUUAUUGUUAUUGUAAUGAUACACAUAAAAACAAGUGAGCGGUUAACUUGCUUUAAGGUUAAAGAAAAUAAAAAGAACACAACACAUGAUUUAAAGGUUCGAAUCACUCAUGUUUUAUUGUGAUUGAACAAAUUUUCAUUACAAAAAUAGCUUUGAGUCAGACAUCUUAUAUCAAAUAGUGCAUUGUCAGUUUGGCAACAGCUUGAUUAAAAAAUGAUAUUUUUAAUCA